CGUCGCUGCUUGGUGACCGGCCCCGGGCGGGCGGCGCGGCCCCACCACGAUUGGCUGCUUCCCCGUGACAUCACGCGGCUCGGGGAAAAGUGCGAGCGUGAGCGCGAGUCGGAGCCACAGCGCCCGGAGCUGCGGGCGGAGCAGGGGCCGCCCCUUGGCACCCCGUCCCCGCCCCCGACCCACCGCCCGGCCGCCCGCCCCGCAGGCCCGCUGGGCCUCCCUUUUGUCCCGCCGUCUGUCCGGCGCAAGGAGAGCGGGGCAGAGACAGAGGAAGCUGCUGCCCACCACACUGACCAACAUGGCCAACGUCACACCAGUCAACGGCAGCUCAGGCAAUCAGUCCGUGCGUCUGGUCACAUCAACCCACAACCGCUAUGAGACAGUGGAGAUGGUAUUCAUUGCCACCGUGACAGGCUCCCUGAGCCUGGUAACUGUUGUAGGCAACAUCCUGGUGAUGCUGUCUAUCAAGGUCAACAGGCAGCUGCAGACAGUUAACAACUACUUCCUAUUCAGCCUGGCCUGUGCUGAUCUCAUCAUAGGCGCUUUCUCUAUGAACCUCUACACCGUGUAUAUUAUCAAGGGCUACUGGCCCCUGGGCGCUGUGGUCUGUGACUUGUGGCUAGCCCUGGACUAUGUGGUGAGCAAUGCCUCAGUCAUGAACCUUCUCAUUAUCAGCUUUGACCGUUACUUUUGCGUCACCAAGCCCCUCACCUACCCUGCCCGCCGUACCACCAAGAUGGCAGGCCUCAUGAUUGCCGCUGCCUGGGUCCUGUCCUUCGUGCUCUGGGCACCUGCCAUCUUGUUCUGGCAGUUCGUGGUGGGCAAGCGGACAGUGCCUGACAACCAGUGCUUCAUCCAGUUCCUAUCCAACCCAGCUGUGACCUUUGGCACAGCCAUUGCUGCCUUCUACCUGCCUGUGGUCAUCAUGACGGUGCUCUAUAUUCACAUCUCCCUGGCCAGUCGCAGCCGAGUCCACAAGCACCGACCCGAAGGCUCAAAGGAGAAGAAGGCCAAGACCUUGGCCUUCCUCAAGAGCCCUCUGAUGAAGCAGAGCAUCAAGAAACCCCCACCAGGAGACGCUGCUCGAGAAGAGCUACGCAACGGGAAGCUGGAAGAGGCCCCUCCACCGGCCCUGCCCCCCCCACCACGCCCAGUGGCCGAAAAGGACACGUCCAAUGAAUCCAGCUCAGGUAGUGCCACACAGAACACCAAGGAGCGACCACCCACAGAGCUGUCGACCACAGAGGCCACCACGCCUGCCAUGUCCGCCCCUCCCCUGCAGCCAAGGGCCCUCAACCCAGCCUCAAAAUGGUCCAAGAUCCAGAUUGUGACGAAGCAGACAGGCAAUGAGUGUGUCACAGCCAUCGAGAUAGUGCCUGCCACACCAGCUGGCAUGCGUCCUGCGGCCAACGUGGCCCGCAAGUUUGCCAGCAUUGCUCGCAAUCAGGUGCGAAAGAAGCGGCAGAUGGCGGCCCGGGAGCGCAAGGUGACCCGGACCAUCUUUGCCAUUCUGCUAGCCUUCAUCCUCACCUGGACGCCCUACAACGUCAUGGUCCUGGUGAACACCUUCUGCCAGAGCUGCAUACCUGACACGGUGUGGUCUAUUGGCUACUGGCUCUGCUACGUGAACAGCACUAUCAACCCUGCCUGCUAUGCUCUCUGCAAUGCCACCUUUAAAAAGACCUUCCGGCACCUGCUGCUGUGCCAAUAUCGUAACAUUGGCACUGCCAGGUAGGCAACAGGGGUGCCCUAGGAGGUGCUGGUAUUGCGUGUGUGUGCUGGGGGACCACAUGGCUCACAGGCUGUCAGAAGAGUUGGAGGCACCAUUCCAUGUUCAUGUUUGCCGAAGAGGAGAACCGAGGCCCAGUGAGGCUCAGGAAGAAGCUCUGGAUGGAUUCAGAGACUAGAUCUCUGCUCAGGCUUAGGCGGCUCUGCAUUGGGACCACCUAGCCCAUUUGUUGCCCUGCUUUAGGGAGCUGGGGGCACUGGCCUGCCUGGGCACCUGCUCCACUGUGACUAGCCAUCAGCAUAGCUGAAAGAAUGGACGUGGAGGGCUGAAGCCCAGGGGCUCCUUGGAAGGAGCAAAGGGACCAGUGCUUGGGGAAGGAGACUGAGGAAGGGAAUGGAAGGGUGGGAUCCCUCAUUCUGCUGUAAUUGGUGCUUUUGCCCCCUGCACCCCGCAUGUAGACUCAGCCCCCUCUCCCUGAAUCCCAUUCCAGGGCAGAAACCUCUUGCUGUAGCUACUCAGCUAGGCUCUGGGUGGAUGGGUGCAUGGGUGGGCUUGCUGAAGGCCAGGCAGAAUGGGCUCGGCUCCCAAAUCCCCUGCAGCACUGCCCUUAUCACCUGAGGAUGGUGCAUGUGGUAGGUCAGGGACUCACACGCCAAAACCGAGGUUUAGCCUUCUGCAGUUCUGGGCUGAGCUAAGCAUGGUCCACCUUGUUCUGAAGGUCCCCCUCCAACAGAGGGGCUUGUCCCAGAUCACAUGUCAAGUCAGGGUAGGGACAUGGUGGGCAGUGUUCCAAAUCACCCUCUUCCUCCUCAAACCUCUCCCACAUGGAUCUGUGCUGGGUGGAGGUGGCUGGGUCACAGGGCUAGAGGAAAAUGGUAGAGAGCCAUUGUGCAGGCUUCAGUGACAGUAAGGGGCAAUGAGCCUCCAUACCUACACUCCCCAGUGGGCAGAACCUUCCUGAUCAUUAAUGGGCUGGACCAAAAGACCUUUGACUGGGUGUGACAGAGAUGGGCACUGUCAGCUCCAGUGAGUCAUUGGUUUCCCUUCCUCAGCCCUGGUGUGGUCCCUGGGAGAGAGGAAGGCUGAAUGGCUUAGGGACUUGAUGGGGGGGCACCCUUUUUGGGCCCUGGAAGAAAUUUUCAUAAAUGUUCUG